AUGAGUCCCAAGUGCCAGAGGCAUCGCGUGCAGGCUGGGGACAUUGGCUCGGGGCGCUCCUAUGGGCUUGUUUGCAGCCCCGUGGGCAGGAAGGGCCCAGCUGCUCCCAGCCCUGGAAUCCUCGCUCUGAUGCCAAAAGAGAGGCUUCCCCUGGACCUGGGGCAGUGCAGGACCAGUAAAAAAGCCAUCCCAGCUCUGCACUCUCUCACCCACUUCAUCGCACUUCUUCUCCUUUGGACACAAGUGAGUUGGAAACUCUCCCCAAAAGACAUGUCCUGCUACCAGCCCUGCAACCCUUGCUGCCAGCCCUGCGGGCCCACCCCGCUGGCCAACAGCUGCAAUGAGUGCUGUGUCAGGCAGUGCCAGAGCUCCACCGUCGUCAUUGAACCCUCCCCCGUGGUGGUGACCCUGCCCGGGCCCAUCCUCAGCUCCUUCCCACAGAACACCGCCGUGGGAUCCUCCACCUCCGCUGCCGUUGGCAGCAUCCUCAGCUGCAAUGGAGUGCCCAUCAACUCUGGGGGCUUUGACCUCUCCUGCAUCACCAACCGCUCCUGCGGCAGAAUCUGCUGA